AUGCUCGUGCCCCCAAACGACGGCACCGUCGGCCGGAGCGGCGUCGUCGAGCCUGGGUCUGCGAGUAAUCCUGAGUCUGGCCAGCCGAGAAAGCCCGGCAGUUGUCCCGGCUGCCAGGAACGCCUCCUCUCUGACCAGAACAGCCUGGGCGUGCACGCGAAUGUCGCACUCGACACGGCCGACGCAAUGCCCACCGCCCCGUUGCCCCAGGAUUGGCCUCCUUCAUUGGCCAUUGCCGACGGCGAGGGAACGACUCGGGGACCCAGUCUGGACCGCGUGCACGAUCUCAAGCACGACAGCUCUGUUCUUGCCAUUGCUGUGAACGACGAGUACGUAUUCGCCGGUACCCACGACGGCGAGAUCCUCAUCUGGGCUCUCGGCCCUUACCAGCCGGUCCACCGAAUCCAAGCCCAUAAACGCAGUGUCCUCUGCCUCUUUCUCACGCCUCCUCCUCCGUCCUCGUCGUCAAAAUCAAAACCCUCGACCACCGCAUCAGACCCUGAGCCGAGCUUGGGCCAGUUUCUGGUCUCCUCGGCUGGCGACGCCAUCAUCAGCAUAUGGAACCCCAAGACCUUUGAACGACUCUACGAGAUCUACAGCUCGUAUGAUGUGGGCGACAUCUUCAGCGUGGUCUAUUCUGUCCAGCACCACACCGUGUUUGUCGGGGCGCAGGACACGUCCAUCCAAUGGGUUGACCUGAACGAUCCGCGACGCCGCGCCAUCCAGGACUCGGCCCAACAUCCGGACAAGAGGCACCACCGCUUCUUCGACUCCAAGGCCAUCGGCGGCUCUAGCACACCGCGCCGUAACGAGGAGCGCUGGAGCCACAUCCCCAAGGCCCAGACCGUGCUCGAGGCCCAUCCGAGCGCCAUCCACCAGUUUGCCCACUACGGCUACGUCUACUGCAUGCUGGUCGCCAAGGGCCCAGCCCACAACCUGCCGGCCGACGACGAGGUGCUGAUUUCCGGCGGUGGCGACGGUACUGUCAAGGUUUGGAAGAUUGGCUCGGCCGCCGACCACGAUGGCAGCGGCAGCGACGGCGAGAGCGACAGCGAUGAGGUCGGCCACGGCAUCAGCGAGGUCAUGACCUUGGGCAACGACGACGCCAUGUCCGUCCUCUCGCUCGCCAUCGACGGCUCCUUUCUGUACUGCGGCAAGCUGGAUGGACUUGUCGAGCUCUGGGACCUCGACACGCGCCAGAAGUUGCGCGUCAUCAAGGCCCACAACAGCGACGUCAUGACUCUGCAGAUGAAAUGGGGCUUCCUAUGGAGCGCCUCGGCGAACGGGUUUGCUGCAAAACACAGCACAGUCCACUACGGCACGCCCACGUCAUCCUCCGACACGGUGAGCCAGAAGUACCAGUGCAUCAGUCGCUGGAAAGCCCACGACGGCAAGAUCCUGGCCUCGGCCACGACGACGUUCCAGAACAGCCAGCUCUUCAUCACCGGCGCCAACGAUGAGAUCGUCAGCAUAUGGCGGAUGCCGGACCAGUGCUGCUCGGCUGACCAGGAGGCAGAGGUGUCUGAAGACGUGAUGCUCAAGAACCUGCGCGACUUCAUCUCCUACAAGACGGUGUCUUCGCGUCCCGAGUUCGCCGAGGACUGCCACAAGGGCGCGACGUUCCUGUGCACGCUCUUCAAGCGGCUGGGCGGCGAGGUGCAGAUGCUGACAACACAGGACAAGCAGCACAACCCGGUGGUGUAUGCCAAGUUUGCCGGAAAGCCGCAGCCCGAGGGCGGCGAGGCGCGGCGUAAGCGCAUUCUCUUCUACGGGCACUACGACGUGGUGGCAGCCGACACGAAGAAGGGCAAGUGGACGUCGGACCCGUUUGCGAUGAAGGGCGUCAACGGCUACCUGUACGGGCGCGGUAUCAGCGACAACAAGGGCCCCAUCAUGGCGGCACUGUACGCGGUGGCCGACCUGAUGCAGGAGAAGCAGCUGGAGUCGGACAUCAUCUUCCUGAUCGAGGGCGAGGAGGAGGCCGGGUCCCGGGGCUUCCAGGAGACCGUGCGCGAAAACCAGACGCUGAUCGGCAAUAUCGACUACAUCUUGCUGGCCAACAGCUACUGGCUGGACGACGAGACGCCGUGCCUGACGUACGGCCUGCGCGGCGUGCUGCAUGCGACCGUCUGCGUGGACUCGCCACAUCCAGACCUGCACUCGGGCGUCGACGGGUCUUACAUGAUGGCCGAGCCGCUGAGCGACCUGACGGCCGUGCUGGCCAAGCUCAAGGGUCCGCGCAACCGCGUGAUGAUCCCGCAUUUCUACGACGGCGUGCUGCCGCUGCGCCCCGACGAAGAGGCCCGCUUCGACGCCAUCACGCGCAUGCUCGUGCGGCGCUGCCCUGAAAACGGCCCGGCCGAGCUGCUCAAGGCCAGCCUCAUGUCGCGCUGGCGCGAGCCCAACCUGACCAUCCACCGCUACAAGGUCUCUGGGCCCGACGGCAGCCUCGUCAGCUCCCACGCCUGCGCCAACAUCAGCCUUCGUCUGGUGCCCGGCCAGGAGCUCGACGAUGUCAUCACCGCGCUCGAGUCCUUCCUGGCUGACCAGUUCGCCCAGCUCGAGUCUACCAACCACUUCAGCAUCCACAUCGACAACAGGGCCGAGCCCUGGCUCGGCGACCCUGACAACUACAUCUUCCGCACCCUCGAAGAGGCCGUCAUCCGGGCUUGGCACAUGGACCCCCCGAACGACGACAAUGCCGCUGCAGCAGCUGACGGACAGAGCUCGUCUGCCCCGUACAAGGCCCGGCGCCCGCUCUACAUCCGUGAGGGCGGGUCUAUCCCGGCCAUCCGCUUCCUCGAGAAGCAGUUUGGCGCGCCGGCGGCCCAUCUGCCCUGCGGCCAGGCCAGCGACGCUGCCCACCUGGACAACGAGCGCCUGCGUGUGGUCAACCUGGAGAAGAGUCGGGAGAUUUUUAAGCGCGUGUUUCAAAAGCUUUGA